UGUAUCUUGGCGUUUGUAUAUUAUUUUGUUCACUAAUUUUUUGCAACAAACUUCCUCUCUUGCCUCUUUCAUAAUGGUUAAUGAUUAUUUACACAAUUACAUUGAUCAUUUGCACAUCGACCAUGAAAAACUUCAGCAAACGAUGAGAAACAUAUUGAUUAAUUGUCCUUUGAGGGUCACAAUUUUCAACAGUUUUCAUAUUCUUAUCAAUUUGUUACAUUGUCAUCGUAAUCAAUCUUUCUCUGUUAACCAAUUAGAUGAUUUUGUGUGAUAUUAUUGAAAAGUGUUCCAAAAAAAUCAGCAAAAUUUUGUGAAUAAUUUGCAUCAUCAUUCUGAAAACAGUUGAUCCAUUGAAUUGUUGUUAACCGUCGUCAUGAAAACUUUUCCAGAUUUGAGAUGUAAAAUGUUAAGAAAAUAAAUCUUUCUCAAUUUAAUUUCAAUCUGUGAAUUUAACAAAAUUACGGACAUCUGUGAUCCAACUGAAGUCUGUAACUGAGUGUACAAUUUGAGCUUGCAAUUGUAUUGUAUCAAAUCACAGAAGGAAUAUUAUCUUUCAACAAUAAGAAUCGUCGAUUAGCCUUGAAAUUGUUAUUACAGACCAAAUAACAAAGUUAACCAUUACUGGUUUGGAAGAUUGUUAACAUAAAAUGCUUCGACAUAUUUUAAAGUUGACGUUUCCUGAAAUUAUUGAGUUACUUCGUUUAGAUGUUUAUUUUGCUUUGUUUCUAUUUGGAUUAGCCAUUCCAUCUGUAACAGCAAGCCAAUUUAUCCAAGACAAAUUUUGUAUCAACCAAUUGAAAUUGGAUCCAUCACAGUGUUUACAUCUGGAGACACUUGGACCCGAAUAUGAGGAAAUUAAGAACAAGGUUUACGCCUUUUCAACAAUUUUCAAAAAUUAUCAACAUCUGAUCACAACUCCGCCAGGAAUAAUUUUGUCCGUCUUCAUGGGCUAUUGGAUCGACUCUUAUCCAAAACAUCUGAAAUAUCUGUUGGCCCUUCCGUGCUUUGGAGGUUUUCUUUCAGCCAUUUUCGCCAUUUAUCAUGUCAUCUACUUUGAAUUGGAUGUUUAUAGUCUUCUGUGGUUGUCCGUUGUGCAUGGUCUCACUGGUGGAUUUUUCAUCGUCAUGACAGGGUCGUAUACUUAUAUAACCAGAAGGACAAAGGCUAAAUAUCGUGCAGCUCGGUUCGCCAUUUUAGAGCUGUUUAUCUUUACAUCAAUCCCAUUAGCCACAGCUAUUGGUGGAAGACUAUUGACGACAAAGCCUUGGUUUGGAGGACAGUAUCGCAAUUAUUUUGCCGUUUUCUUCAUCAGCUUAGUAUGUAAAUUGAGCGCCAUGAUUUGGGUUUUAAUCUUUUUAAACGAUGCAGAUAAAACAAUAGACGAUCUUGAUGAAUUAGAUAGAGCAAAAAACGAUAUAAAAUUGGAUUUGACAAAACCAUUACCAAUCAAGCCAGGAGAUGAAAAAAUGGUAGAGAUUGAAUUGGAUCCUCAAAAAACUGAUUCUGUGACGCCGGUGAAUGAAAAUAAGGAGGUUAUGAAAAACAUGAAACCCACUGGUUUUAUAGAAAUAUUUUUGGACAUCUUUAAUCCAUCGACAGUUUCCAAUAUGAUAAAGGUUUGUUGCCAAAAAAGACCCAAUAAUGGCAGGAAAAUAUUAUGGAAUCUGAUGUUUGCCAUGAACGUGAUGCUUAUUGGCCAUAUGGGUGAAUCAACUAUUGGUUUUCCAUUUGCUCAGAAAGUUUACCAUUGGGAUGCUGCUUAUUAUUCAUUUAUUACUUCUGUAAUGAUGAUUAUUCCAACUUUAAGUCAUUCCUUUUUACCAAUCAUUCUAAUUCACAAAUUUCAUCUGCCUGACACAGUCUUGGCCAUUAUUGGUGCUGUUUCACUCAUAUUCGCUUUGAUAGUUAGAGGCGGAAUCCUGGAAUCCUGUGCUUUCUAUAUUUCCACAAUUAUUGGCCUUUGUGCUGGUUUACUUCCAAUUGCUAUUAGAUCCAUUAUAUCUCGAAUCAUUGAUCAAAAAGAGGUUGGUCAAGUAUUUGCUCUAUUGGCAUGCAUAGAAUCAUCUGGUCCAAUGGUUGCCUCUGUGGUCUACUCGACGUUAUUCAGUGUUACUAUUCAAGAUUUUCCAGGACUUGUACAUCAUUUUGCUGCGUUAACCAUGUUUUAUCCUUUUGCAGUCGUCCUUUGGCUUGAUUUAACAAGACAUAAAUGGGAUAAAACAGCAAUCACAGAACUGGAAAAUAAAAAGAAACAGAAAAUUAUUGAAAAGAAAGAAUCAGACAGUGUUAAUAAUAAUCCUAAUGGGAAUGAGUGUUUUACCAUAUCUUCCAAGGUUGACCAAAGCCAAUCGCGUCAAACAUCUCAGGGUACUCUCAAAUCAUCAAAUAAUACUAUGGAAGAUUUAAAUACUGUAGGAGACGAGAUUGAUCUCGGUGAUGAUGAUGAGCUGGAAGAGGAAGAAGGCAAAAAUGAAAAUAUAAACAGACAGGAGCAAGUUAGUGGCCCUCAGUCAAUGUUAAUCAAAGUAAACCCUUUGGAAAACACUAAUGGCGGCUCUAUGGAACCUAGUGGACCCUUGUCAGAUAUGAGCUCAUUGAAAGCUACUAUUGAUGCUUCUUGUACAUCUAAACAUACUUCUGAAAACGUAGCAUAUCGACCUAGCGGUUUAGAUAGAAGAACAGCUGAGAUUGAUUUUCAAAGUGAAGAAAGUGAUACGUUUCUUGAAAUUAAAGUUGCUGAUCCACAAAAAGUGGGAGAAGGAAUGGGAUCAUAUGUUAGUUACAAAGUCUCAACUCGGACCAAUAUACCCAGUUUUCGUAAAUCAAAUUUCUCUGUUAGUCGUCGUUUUUCUGAUUUCCUUGGACUUCGUGAGAAACUUGCUGAGAAACAUAUCCAUUCAGGUCACAUUGUUCCUCCUCCUCCAGAAAAGGAUGCUGUCAACAAUGCCAAAGUCAUUAUGUCCAAAGAUGAUUCCACAAGCUCAUCUGACUUCUUGGAGAAACGAGCUGCCUCUCUGACCAGAUUUGUCAACAGAAUCGCUACACAUCCAGUACUUAAAUCUGACCCUAACUUCCGUGAAUUCCUCGAACUUGAAAGCGAACUACCCAAAGCAAAAAGCACAUCAGCACUUAGUGGAGCUGGUGUAAGACGACUCUUUAAUAGGAUGGGCGAUACUGUUAGCAAGAUUACAUUCCGCAUGGAUGAAACUGACCCUUGGUUUGAGGAGAAGCAGCAUCAAAUCGAUAUUCUGGACCAACAGCUUCGUAAACUCCAAGCCAGCGUUGAAGGAUUGAUUCAUUUCCGUAAAGAGUUAACUCAAUCUACUGGCUCAUUCGCUAAAUCUGCUGCAAUGCUGGGAAAUUGUGAAGAGCACACUGCCCUUUCUUGCGCACUUUCUCAAUUAGCUGAAACUCAUGAGAAAAUCGAGCAACUUCAUGCUGACCAAACAAACUCCGAUUUCUACCAUUUAUCAGAGCCUCUGCGUGAUUAUAUCUCAUUGAUUAGUGUGAUUAAAGAGCUGUUCCAUCAAAGAGUUAAAGUAUAUCAAACAUGGCAACAUGCUCAACAAAUGCUCAAUAAGAAACGUCAAGCUAAAGCCCAUCACGACCUCGCCGGUAAACCAAAUAGUCAAGAUCAAGAAGAAAUAGUUGAGUGGGAAGCUAAAGUUGAACGCGGACAACAGGAGUUCGACCAAAUUUCUGGUAACAUUAAAAGCGAGGUCGAAAAAUUUGAAUUUGAUCGCGUUAAAGAUUUCAAGUCAACCUUUAUAAAAUACAUGGAAUCCCUACUGGAAGAUCAACAACAGUUAAUCAAAUAUUGGGAAGCUUUCCUUCCCGAGGCAAAGGCAAUUGCAUAGAGAACACCUAUUAUAUCAAAAAUGAUCGUAUAAUUUAAUAUAUUAAUUGGACAUUGAAAGAAAUAAAGAUUUCGUUUGCAAAAUCAACUUGAAAUGCUGAUUCAAAAUAGGAUUUUUUCACUAUAUUUUCUUACGCCUUUUGGAUCUUAUGAAUCCUUGAAUCUAUUCAUCUACCUGUCUCUUAAAUCUCCUCACUGUCAUUUCCCUGUAGAUUUGAAACAACGUAAUCUGUGUUUUACUAUUACUAUUAGUAUUAUUGUUUAUUCACCAGAAAAUUGAUCUGGUUUUAAACAAUUUCAUUGAGAAUUUGAUGUUACUUCGACUAAUCUAACGUUCCAUUUGGUUGGUUUGCUGGAUAAUCAAAUCCUAUCCUUAUUUUGAGUUGCAUUCACUUCCAUUCCAUCUAAUCUGAUUUUCUAUGAAUUGUUUCUCCUCAGCCUGGAACUUCUUUUGUUUGUUGUUUUAUUCAAAAUUUUAUUGUGAUACUGAAUGAUUGAUAAAUCAAGUCAAUGAUAAGGUAGCAGUUAGUUGUUUAUCCCUAAUGGUGAUUAUUAGGUUAGGUGAAUAUUUUUGAUGAUUAAUAAUCAAUUCUUUUUAUUAUUUAUAAUAAAUUUUCUUUCUUAAUUUCAUUAA